AGUCGCCGCGCGACUGUCAGCUCAUUGAGUGAGUGGACGGAUGUGCUAGACUCGAGCCUCUCAAGGCAAGACCUCAGUGGGUAUUCGUCCGCGGCAGUUGCCAAAAAAGUAGUUCAGCAUAUUAUUCAAGGGCGAUUAAAUCGAGCUCACUGUGUCAUCACCAUACCAGAUACGAAUAAUCACAGCAACGCGAAGGUCUAAAUACGUAUAUUUGACAGUGAUCUAACUUCAUGUGACCGUCAACUUGCAGUGUUCCAAAGUUCAACGCGUACUUUUCCGAUAAUCGUUAAGCACAAGUUUUCAACAACGGGGUGCGUUACGUGAUGACACGCGUUUGGGACAUGCAAAGUUGACGUAACUUUGCAACGCUUCACGCGUGUUUCUUUGUUUCAGAGCCUAAAUAUCGAAGAUGAGGGUCAUUUUGUUGAAAUUCCGUGAGGUCACUACCAAAUAUCCCAUUGUCCGUGGAAUGGCAUCAUACACAGUAAUAUGGCCAGCUGCGAGUUUGCUUCAACAAAAGUUCAUUAGUAAUCAAGAAUUGAACUACAUGCAAGCCUUGAGAUUCAGCUUGUACGGAGGAUUCUUUGUUGCACCGACCCUUUUUUGUUGGAUCAAAUUUGCCUCGUAUAUCUGGCCUAAGAAUGACCUCAAGUCUGGAAUUGUGAAGGCUCUCGUGGAACAAGUUUCUUAUGGCCCAGCUGCUAUGUGCUGUUUCUUCUUUGGUAUUAACCUACUAGAAUUUAAACCUAUUGCGGAAUGUGUGGAAGAGGUCAAACAGAAGUUUUGGCCUACAUGGAAGACUGGAAUAUGUGUAUGGCCGAUACUUCAAACAAUCAAUUUUACCCUCAUCCCAGAAAGAAAUCGUGUAGUCUAUGUCAGUGUUUGCAGUUUAAUGUGGACAUCAUUUCUUGCCUACAUGAAGUCUCUGGAAAAGCGGCAGCUUACAAAUAAUACUAAAUUAGAAAUCGAUCCUAUUGAAACAAAGCAGCAUGACCAACAGUCACAAGAUAAGACCAAGACUGGUUUCAUAUCUCAUUAACGUUCAAGUUCCUUAGGAAUAAAAAGAAAUUUCUAAGAAUGUUUUUAUUACGAAUAAGUAAAAUCUUUCAAACGUUUAGUCUGACCACUAAAAAUACUGUUUACCCUGUGUGGUCAUUGAUUUCAUAUUACUAUACAAAUGAUUGUGCCUAUAAUUGGAUGAAACUUCAGUUGCAACAUCUGACGUAUGUGUAUCUUUCCUUUUUUUUUUUGAUGCAAUACAGUUUGCCAUACACUAUUUACAUAGUAUUAGAUUCAUGACUUUACUGAUACUUGCAAUAGCCCAAAUUAAGUAU